UGUGCUGCAUCUGAAGUGAAUAUAUAGUUAUACACACACACACAGAUACAUAUACAUAUGACUAUGAGGACUGCGAGGGUUCCAACUCCGCUGCAACAGCUCCUUCGUGCGUGCAGAAACGCUUUCAAAGGCCCCGGAACCGUUCCUUCCCCUCGCCAUGUGCAAAAGCUGCGUCGCAUCCUCGAUAAUAUGAGACCAGAAGAUGUUGGGCUAAGUAGGGAUCUGCGGUUCCCCACUCCUAGGGUCACGUAUACAACCAUAUACGAGUGCAACAAAUUUUCGUUGUGCUGCUUUUUUAUUCCAGCAAAUGGUGUUAUCCCACUCCAUAACCAUCCAGAUAUGACUGUUUUCAGUAAGCUUCUAUUAGGCAAGAUGCAUAUUAAAUCAUACGAUUGGGUUGAUCCCGUUAAUUCAGAUGGCUCCACGCCUGCGCCUCAAUUGAGACUGGCCGAGUUGAAAGCUGAUAGUGUCUUCACAGCCUCAUGCAAAGCAUCAGUACUUUAUCCAACAAAAGGUGGCAACAUCCAUGCCUUCACAGCCGUAACACCCUGUGCAGUGCUCGAUGUGAUGGGACCACCCUAUUCUAUAGAAGAUGGCCGGGAUUGCACGUAUUACAAAGAUCAUCCCUAUGCGGCUUAUUCAAAUGGAGGAGCAGCAGUAACUGAAGAGAAACACGAUAGUUAUGGGUGGUUGGAAGAGAUUGAAAUGCCUGAGUACGCGGAAAUGGAUAGAAUCGAGUACUUGGGUCCACGAGUUACCGAGAGGAGUUCGUAGCUCUCCUGAUGUAUAUGCCCUCCGAGUAUUUAUUCGUCUCCACGCUCUGAUGUAGACGGAAAUCUCACAUUUUCCUUGGUACAGUGUUUGAAUUAAGAUGAGGAAAGGUAUCCUCUCUGGAUCCCCUCCACCAAAUUCACCCAAUCACCUAAUUCGGGCUUUUGAAAUUUGAUCAAACGGCUAAAGUUAUUAUAACUUUUAAAGGGAUCUCUAUUUGUAGCCGUUGAAUCAAAUUUCAAAGAUCUGGAUUAAUUGAUUGGGGGGAUUUGGUGGAAGGGAUUAUCUCCGGAUUUAUUCCCUUAAGAUGGAUGUAGAGUGUCAUUUCAUUACUUUGUUCUUGCUUAUGUACCAUAGUUUUACAGAUUUUUAGAAGAAAAAGAAUAAGGUUAGGUGGAUUUGGUUACCUUUAAGUUCAUGGUUUAUGAAUUUGACUACUUUGUUACACAAGGCGGUUGUUGAGCUUUGUCUCAUUGUUUCUUCGUUCUCCUAUUUUUAGUAUUUGGACAAUCAUGUUGCUCAAAGAGCUCAUGUUUUUUAAAAGACGGUGGUUUGCUCGUUUC